AUGCUUCGCCAAAGGAUGCUAAAAUAUAGUGGUUGUUGUGGUUGUGGAUUCGCAGUCUUCUGGAUUCUUCCUGACACUCCGGAGCUUGCCAUAGGUCGCUUGCUCACUCAUGAUGAGGCUCGUUUCCUCAGGCUCAGUCACAAUCUGGCUCGUGGCGUGACGACAAAUCAACCUGUCAAUCCCAAUGGCAAGAAGCGAAGCGCCCAAUGGUCUUUCUUUGUCCAAGUCAUAAAAGACUGGCAGAUCUAUCUACUAGCUAUAGUCAUAACCUCCAACUCAGUUCCAAACUAUGGUCUAAAUGGGUUUCUCGACAACACAGGCUCAACUGAUGACUGCUGCACCCUACCUUUGCGCGCCAUCUCCGCACUCAUCUCAGCUCUCUAUGCAGACCGAUUGACCUGGCGCAUGCCCUUUCUCGUCUCCUCACAAUCUCUCAUAAUAAUCGCCUAUUCCACUCUCUUCGUCAAAGCCGAGGCCAUAAAGCAACACGUUGCCCUCUGCUACUGUGCCGUGUAUAUAGCCUGCAUCGGCCUCUACCCCAUCACCCCCGGCUCCAGCGCCUGGACCAUCAACAACCUCGCGGGAGCCGAAAAGCGAGCCAUGGGUAUCGCGACCAUGAUUUCCAUCGGCAAUCUCGGAGGUGUUGCGGGCAAUUUCAUCUUUCAGCAGCGUGAGAGUCCCAAGUAUCCGACGGGACUGGGAACGAGUCUGGCGAUUGCGGCUGCGGGUAUGCUGGCUGCUUUUACGCUCGAGUAUUUGUAUUAG